GCGGCCGCCCUUCCGGGCCGCGCAGUCCUAGGAGGUGCGGGCAGGUGGGUUUCGAGCGGGAGUCAGUGUUUGCGGGCCUCUUUCUCCUCCGCCAUCCUCACCGGCGGCGGGCGCGGGAGGCCCCGGAGGGGGAGUGGGGCGCCCCCGGGGACACCUGCCCGACCCCCGGCCCCACGGAGGGGCGUUGCCCUUUCCGGCGCCGCGGAUCCUCCAGCCGGGGCGAAGCCGUGAGCUCCUAGGGCCGGGGUCCUUGCUGCAGUUGAGGGGGCUCCCAGGGUGUCUCGCUUGUGAAGCAAAACCUAGCGCGGGCUCUAUGGAAGAUAAUAAGGAACUUGGCCUAGCCUGGGUUGCCGCCUUUGAAAGUGAGGCAGGUCUGUGCAGUGUCAGCCACCACCCGGCAUGGGAUUUCCAGAGAGGUCUUAUUUCGGAACUUUAUAAGGAACGAGAACCACGUGGACUUCUGCGAGGGAGACUGAGCUGGCCUGAGUUUGAGGGAGAGGAUAAUGGGGACCCAGCCUGUAGCUGACACUGAGGAGGCCAAGUGGCAGAAGGUCCUGUACGAGCGACAGCCGUUUCCCGAUAACUACGUGGACCGGCGUUUCCUGGAAGAGCUCCGGAAAAACAUCCACGCCCGGAAGUACCAGUACUGGGCCGUGGUGUUCGAGUCGAGCGUGGUGAUACAGCAGCUGUGCAGCGUCUGUGUGUUUGUGGUCAUCUGGUGGUAUAUGGAUGAGGGCCUUCUGGCCCCCCAGUGGCUCUUUGGGACCGGCCUGGCCUCUUCACUGAUUGGCUAUGUUUUGUUCGAUCUCAUUGACGGAGGUGAAGGACGGAAGAAGAGUGGGCGGACCCGGUGGGCUGACUUGAAGAGCGCCCUGGUUUUCAUUACUUUCACCUACGGUUUUUCCCCAGUGCUGAAGACCCUGACGGAGUCUGUCAGCACUGACACCAUCUAUGCCAUGUCAGUCUUCAUGCUUUUGGGCCACCUCAUUUUCUUUGACUAUGGCGCCAAUGCUGCCAUUGUAUCCAGCACGCUGUCCUUGAACAUGGCCAUCUUUGCUUCUGUCUGCCUUGCCUCGCGCCUGCCCCGUUCCCUGCAUGCCUUCAUCAUGGUGACUUUUGCCAUCCAGAUUUUUGCCCUGUGGCCCAUGUUGCAGAAGAAACUGAAGGCAUGUACUCCCCGUAGCUACGUGGGUGUCACGCUGCUUUUUGCAUUUUCAGCCUUGGGAGGCCUGCUGUCCAUUAGUGCUGUGGGAGCCAUCCUCUUUGCCCUUCUGCUGUUUUCCAUCUCUUGUCUCUGCCCUUUCUACCUCAUUCGCCUGCAGCUUUUUAAAGAAAACAUUCAUGGGCCUUGGGAUGAGGCUGAAAUCAAAGAAGACUUGUCCAGGUUUCUCAGCUGAGUUAGGGACUUCCAUUCGGUUCUUAAGGGAAGCUGAUAGACUAAUCUCCUGGCUCAUACAAGAUUUGAAGGCAGAAUCCCAUUCUGGAAGCAACAUACUAUUGUGGGUGGGGGAACAGAGAUCAAAAGAAAAAGCUAACCAAGGGCGUGAGUGAUGAAGGUGUUUUUCUUUCUGUUACUUUGUGGAUGAAAAAGCUUUCUGGGACCCUCGAAUUACUGCCUCAUUAUUGCUGUAACAAAGGAAGUGAUGUGGUUUCUAUUAAAAAAAUAACAACACAUCCA